AUGUCUGGGUUGGUAGAUGUGCUGAUUCCGAGGCUGGACUUUCUCUGGUCUGCACGGUUUUGGUAUAUUCUGCACAUUAUCACCUGGCUUUGGCGCUACGUGCGACUGAUCGUUCACUGCUACAGCCACUGGACAUACAAGUCCAAGGUGCCAAACUGGGAGAAACCAAAGUACACCUCGGAGGAUGUCACAGUGGUUAUACCCACCAUUCACAACAGGCCGGAGGAGCUGCGGCCCUCGCUAGAGAGCAUUCUGGCCUGCAAACCGGCGAAGCUGGUACUGGUGACCACGUGGAAUAAACACGAGGCGCUGAGGCGGGUGGCUGCGACGCUGCGUGGACCGGCAUGCCCUCCUCCAACCGAAAUUGACGUUCUGCACGUGGACAAAGCAAACAAGCGCCUGCAGCUCUGCAAGGCGCUCGAAGACGACCACGUGAAGACGGCCAUAACCGUAAUGGCCGACGAUGACGUGGAGUGGCCGUCGACGCUAAUGCCGUGGCUGCUCGCCCCGUUCGAAGACGAUAAGAUCGGCGGAGUCGGGACUUGCCAAAGGGUGAAGCGCGUGGACGGAGGCGUCGUGACUCGCAUCUUCAACUGGCUCGGUGCCGCCUACAUCGAACGGCGGAAUUUUGAGAUCUCAGCCACCCACAACAUCGACGGUGGAACAUCGUGCAUGUCUGGUCGCACUGGCGCCUACCGGACCGAGAUCCUCAAGAGCUACAACUUCUUGGGGAGUUUCAAGAACGAGAAAUGGGGUCGGUACAUACUCAAUGCCGACGACGACAACUUUGUGACGCGGUGGCUGGUGGCCCAUCAGUGGAAGACAUGGAUUCAGUACGAGCCCGAGUGCGAGAUUGAGACAACUCUGGAAAACAGCAUAAAGUUCCUCUACCAAUGCUCACGCUGGGCGAGGAGCAACUGGAGGAGCAACUGGACUAGUCUUGUGCACGACAGAUAUGUGUGGACACAACAGCCCUGGUGCACUUAUGCACUGCACUUGACCACGUUUACGUCGCUGGCCUUCGUGGUCGACCCCCUCCUGCUCUGCUCAUGCUGGUGGGGUACGGAAAACUGGGAGUUCAGGAGCCGCUACUUUUUGCUCACGGCCGAGAUUAUAUUCAUGUUUGGUUUUACCAAAGUAGUCAAACUGCUUGGACUCUUUCGCAAAAAUCCGAGUGACCUCGUGUUCUUGCCGGUAUCCAUCCUGUUUGGUUAUUUUCACGGCUUGAUCAAGCUCUAUGCCUUCUUCACGCUUAAAGAGACAUCAUGGGGAAGCCGAGAAGACGGCGACGUGCACAACACGUUUCGGCUGCAGGAGAAGCCUCCUCCCAGUCAGAGCUUGACGACACCAUCUGGACCAGAGCUUCCUAACUCGAUACGCCGGUCUCGCUCAACACAGGCCCAGCGUCUUGUCGUGUCGCCCGAGAAACAAAAGUUCAGUGGGUGUGCGGUUGCCGUGGAUGUUCUUCGGCUCACGACACCUGAGGGGCCACGUACAGCAAGCUGA